GGAAUACUUAAUAGAUUCCAUUAUGAAUAAAAAUAUUAUUGAUGUGUUUUAAUAAUGAUGGAUGGUGAGAUUCGUUCGAGGUUAUUAGUUCCCACCAAAUUUUUAUUGUGGGAUUUAUGAAGAAAUUGCUUAUAAAUUGUAAUAAUGUGUUUGAUUAGUGUGAGUUAGCGUUGAUCAUGUAAUCAGUAAACAUAUGUUUGGUUCCGCGGCCAACAGUGGCGACUUAUGUUUCAGGUUUUAAUAUUUUGAGUUGGGUUUUAAUCAUCUUUUGGUGUUUUGGAUUUACUAUGCCUGCAAUGUUGAUCAGAAAUGGAUAUGUUGUUCAGCCAGCACUGUCGAGAAUGCUUUUUUCAUUCGGUUAAGCAGCAUCUGGAUACCUCUUGUAAGCUUUGAAUUAGCGUCAGUCAUCUUUUUGAAUAUUCACUGGGUUUAAUUCAUAAAUUUAAACCGAAAAAUCCGCCUCAUAGAAUUUUUAAUGCUUAUUAUUGGUUUAUGAGAUUUGAGAGGCUUUGAUUUUUUGUCGAUUGAUCAACCACAUUUUAAAAUGGGUGAUAACAGGGCAGGAGAAACUCCUGAGAUAUCUGCCAAUAGUUCUGUCAAGCCUGAGCAAGUUCGAAGUCAAGGGGGAGCGUUGCUUCGGACCAUUCCUGGGCCUGCAAGAUUUGUGAUGGCUACACCAGGUCACUCAGCCGCUCUCAUCAGUUCUACUACAAUACAAACUCAAGUUCUUCCUAAAGUUUCUGGUCAAGCAGGUGGAGCCGGAGUUAGUAGACUAAACACAGUUCCCAUCCAGGCGACUACAACGACUGGCUAUCAUGUUCCAAGGGGUGCAGCUGCUGUGGCUAAUAUAUCGGUACCGAGAUCUUCUGUUGCUACACCGAUUAUUCGGGGACCAACUACCUUGCAGACAAUAGGAGUCGCUCAGCAACAUUCUUUAUCUUCAUCAGCUGCUAAUACCGGUCGCUCAGUUGUUGGAGUAACUUGUUUAUCUGGGCAGCAACGCCCUUCUCCCAUACCGGUUGGAGCCCGGUUGGUCAGUAGCCAUCAAAUGAGGCCAUUGAGUGGCGAAGUUCAGGCUCGUCCCGUUCUUGUUCACACCGCAGCGACAACCCAUAAGCAGGUCACACUUACUCAGCAGGCACAAGUUCAGAUGGGUGGAACAGUGAAGAGUUAUUCCAAUGCGACUCGGCAUCCUAAUGCUCCUUCUUUGUCAAGGAUAACACCAACACGUUCCCCCGGCAUGGUAUCGCUUCCAACAGCUGUCCUUUUGCCCCCGCAACCGAUGAAACAACCUCAACACAAGGUGAUCACUCAACAGAGCCAUGGAACUAGCGGAGUUCAGUUGCCAUCUGUUACUGCAAGUUCCGUUCCACAGACAAUUGCUAUUGGUGCCGUUAACAGGCCAGUGGAUGUUGUUACAGUCGUGAUAGGAAGCGGAGCCGCUGGCACCCCUGUACGACCCGCCGCUAAGCCCGUGGCUGCGACACCGACAGAGGCGAGCCAGCAGCUUUACAUUCAAGGAGGGCGCAACACGUUUCUCCUCAGGGAACCUGCAAGGCCUAAGGAGGCUGAACCGCCAACCUUAAAUGUGAGCUCUGUAAAUUGUAGUGCACCAACAACCGCAACGGGCGUGAACACUAUUUAUACUCUUCCUGGAGCUGGUUACUUUGACAGCGGAGCUGCAAGACCACUCGUGACUUUGGCUCCAGCCAGAACCAACCAAGGAGUUGCAACUACAACACCUCAAAUGAUGUUGAACUCCUCAGUGAUGGUGGUUGAACAACCAAGAAUUCAUACGCUUGUUCCAUCGACUUCAUCUGAUUCCCAAGCAAGUGCUAUAACUACUACAGAAGGCAGCUGCGCGGUAGCUUGUUCUGCGGCAUCAGGCGUGCCAGUGCUGCUGCCGAAGCAAGUCACCUCGCCGCGCCCGAGUAUUCUCAGAAAGAGGGAUCCCGAUGGGUUAGUGACCUCUUCCAUCAGUGUGCCCAAAAAGUCCCGGUCGCCGCUGAAAGGACAGAAAAACUUGACACCCCUAUUGGCCACUAUGAGCAGUAGCCCGCCGACGCUACCCCCCAGCCCUCCACCUAAGAGGCCGGAGUCUUCAUCAGGAGGUUCCACUACUGUAUCGGCCAACAGCUCUCCGGGGGAGAGCCCGCCCGCGCCCCUGCCUCCGUCCAAGGACGAGGAAGAGCCCUGUGUACAACUGCGCACCCUUCCGUCUGAAGUCAGUCCGAGGAAGAAACCCAGGAAGCAGCAGCUGACUGGAAAUCAAAUGACUGAACCAGCUUUUAGUGAAGAUGAGAUGGAAUUCAUUUCGGAAGAGAAAAUUAAGAAGGAAGUGAAAGAUGAAGAAAUCGAAACCAAGGUUAUACCAAAAAGGAAGACCAUGUCACUUCUGAGCUCCUAUAAAACUCAUUGGAAACCGAGAAACAAUCAUUUUAUGAGGUAUACUGAUGUAAAGCCGAAGGAGGAGAAGGCUCCAUCGUUGAGCGAAAUAGCAAACCAAAAGCAUGCACUUCAGAAAAUAAAUGGUUGGAAAAUAUAUCAUCUUGGCUCUCAGAUUGAAGACGUGGUGAGUUCAGAGGACGAAUUUAUUGAUUUUUACAAUUCUUUAUUGUGUGUAUUAGAAGUAAAUCAAAAGAAAAACAAAAAUAAGGAAAUAGAUAAAGAGUACAGUCGCAUAAAUGAAAGGGUCAGGGCCAACUUCCAAAGAACCAAAGUUGCUAAAGACCAAAUGCUAGACGCUAAAAGUCAAAUAAUGAAAUUUUUUGACCAUAAGAGCUAUGUUGCUGAUAUCAUUAACAAAAACAUUUCCAAACGAGGAGCUGGAAAUAAAAAAAGGGAGAGGGUAUAAUCAGUGAACCACCUGACCCCUCUCUAUGGUGGCGUGAUACGUAUAUGAAUAUAGUUUGCCUACGGAAGAAUAUAAAAAUUCUACCUGACCAAAAAAGGCAGGCAGCCAUUGUUAAUGAAGUUUUGCCUACAUUUUUUGUUUUGAGGCCGGGGAUCCUGAAUCAAGCUAUCCCCACUCUCUGCAGUAUCACUGAUGCAUGCUGAUAGCCAACGGAGGUUUAAUGAAGGCACAUAGGCAUCGUAUACCUGUAGGGAUACAUUGAUCUGAAUCUGACGAUUGAUUUCUGAAGACUUGGUUUAAUCUUGGUGAAGGAUUAUUUUGAAGAGUUUGCAUCUGGAUAGUGGUCUAGGCACAAGAUGGCUGAUGCUCUAGUGAUUUUUCUGAAUGUUGGUUUGAACAGAAUUAAGAAACAGAAGAUAGUUCUUUGAAGAAACUGAAAAAAGCUUUUUAAGAAAUUUUAUUUUCAUUCUCAAUAAAAUGCUGCUAAUGUGUAUAAAACUGAAUUAGACCAUAACAAUAUAGAAACAGUGUACAUAAAUAGAAAAUAGAAUAAACAUAUGUAAAAUGUAUUUUUGUUAUGAUGUUUUUAUAGUUAUUUGAAAAGUGUGGUAAAGAACCUAAAGGGGUAUAUUUAUUAUUUUGUAUGGAUCAUAUAAAUUUUUGUCCAUCAAAUACUGUUAUUAAGUUAAAUAUUUUAAAAUUUGUUUAUGACAAGCAUUUAUGCUCUUUCCCUAUUAUUACAAUUAGCGAGUAUGAGUUUGUUUUUUAAAUAUUAAAAUUUAGAAUUAAAGUUCGUAUCAUUAAAAAAAAAUCAGUCUUCAAUGUAUAUCGAAAAGCCAAGAUAAUGAUUAUUAAAUGACGAAUAUUAUUAAACAAUGUUUUAAUAAUUAACUAAAAAUUAAACAAACAGGAUGAU